UUCUCUUGUUGACUAGCCAGCAAUAUCAAUAGAACGCUGUGUGAUCAAAUUAUCUUAGCCAGCGAUCAAUAUUUAGGAAUACGUCGUUGAAUCAGCCAGCUAGCUACUUAUAGCUAGUUUUACUGGUAAACAUGCAGAAGUAUGAAAAACUAGAAAAGAUUGGAGAGGGUACCUAUGGGACUGUCUUUAAAGCUAAAAACAGAGAGACACACGAGAUCGUGGCCUUGAAAAGGGUUAGACUGGAUGAUGAUGACGAGGGUGUUCCAAGUUCAGCCUUAAGAGAAAUAUGCCUCUUGAAAGAGCUGAAGCAUAAAAACAUUGUGAGGUUACACGAUGUUCUACACAGUGAUAAAAAGCUGACAUUAGUGUUUGAGUACUGUGACCAGGAUCUAAAGAAAUAUUUUGACAGCUGCAAUGGAGACUUGGAUCCAGAGAUUGUAAAGUCUUUUAUGUACCAGUUACUGAAAGGACUAGCCUUCUGCCACAGUCGCAAUGUUCUACACCGGGACCUGAAGCCACAAAACCUGCUCAUCAACAGGAAUGGUGAACUUAAGUUAGCUGACUUCGGUUUGGCUCGAGCAUUUGGAAUUCCGGUUCGGUGCUACUCUGCUGAGGUGGUCACAUUGUGGUACAGGCCUCCAGAUGUUUUGUUUGGUGCCAAGUUGUACUCUACCUCAAUUGACAUGUGGUCAGCUGGAUGCAUAUUCGCAGAGCUGGCAAAUGCAGGUCGACCACUUUUUCCAGGCAAUGAUGUCGAUGACCAGCUGAAGAGGAUUUUUAGAUUGCUGGGCACACCAACAGAGGAACAGUGGCAGACCAUGACCAAGCUUCCAGAUUAUAAGCCAUAUCCAAUGUACCCUGCAACCACAUCACUCGUGAAUGUUGUCCCUAAACUUAGUAGCACGGGACGGGACCUUCUACAAAAUCUUCUAAAAUGCAAUCCAGUGCAGCGGAUUUCAGCAGAGGAGGCACUGCAACACCCAUACUUUGCAGAUUUCUGCCCACCAUAGUAUCAUAAUCUCUGGAACCUCUCUCUUCAGAAUGGACCAGCGCAGUCAUACCUCACAAAUCCCCCUGAAACUCUUCCAGUUUUCAUCUACCCUUUCUGCAACAAGUUCAUAUGGCUGUCACAGAAUAACAUGUCUGAAGAGGUUUUGGCCAUUCAUAGUUGGUCAAGUUUAUUGCCAAAUGUUCUUUCUACAAAUAAUGAUGAAAGCAAGAUAAGAUUUGUGAAUAAUUGAAGGGUUGCUGACCAGCCUAUCAAAUGGUUGUGUACAGAAAGUUUUUAGGCAAAAUAGAAUUCUCACCUCCCGCCCUGCACCUCGGAGUAUUCGUCAUUUAACUCUGUGUUUUCGGCCCAUUUUCCCUCUAUAAUGUGUAAAAGUGUCAAUAAGCUUUAGGUAUAAAGCAUUUUAAGUAAUAUUUAGUCUAGCUUUCUCUAACCUUAUUUUGAAAUGGUUUCAUUUCAUCAUUUCAGUGCACACGCCAUGUUGCAAACUGACAUUCAGUAGAAUUACAUGGUAGGUUUUUAUCACGUCAGCCCCUGGUAAGGGCUAAGCAAUGCUACAUGAAGUGGACCACACAAGCAGAGCCUACAUUCUAAAUAGCCUGAGUUGCACAUAUACCUAGAACGUAUGUAGCAUAGUGUAAUAUUAACACUGGAAUCAUUCCACGCUUCCUAUUUUAGCCUAAGAAAGUCUUGGUCCUGCCUAAAAAAGGUGAACAUUGUGAACCUGC